GAUAUACACUGCUCAGAAGGUUGAAUUUGCUGGAGGAAAGUAAUUUGGAACAGAUAGUGAGGUCGCAUCUAAGACAUUGCUCUGUUACAUGGUAAAGUCGCUAACAAGCCGGCAACUUGAUGUGGUUUCUUUAACCCCUAUUGUAAAUUUGACUGCCGAAGCCAUGCAUCAUGACUUCGUCAAGGUCUUGGAAUGUGUCGAAGAUGUUGGGUUUGAAAUUGUGGCCAUUUCCAUAGACAACAGUACGCCCAACAGAAAGUUUGUCCAAAAGAUCCUUUGCAAUGGAGUGGUUCAACCAUGGGUACACCAACCCCUUGACAACACCAGAAAAUUGUUCAUCGUUAUUGAUAUGGUGCAUAAUUUCAAGAACAUCUACAACAACAUACUGAACAAGAAACAUUUCGCUUGUCCUGAGUUUCAAGGCAAAGAUGUUAAGGCAUCUUUUGACCACGUGGAAAUGAUCUGGAAGCUUGAGCGAGGAAAACCCACACGUAUGUCGCACAAGCUCAGUGAUAAGGUUCUACCUACACCCAUCAGUUCUGGAACGGACAAAUGUGAAAUUGGCAGAUGGCUUCUUCCACGAGAGCACCAUUAA